AUAUUUCUCUUGGCUGAGAGUGCUGAGCUGUUUCUGAAGUCUUGCUGAAGGAAUCAUCGGAGGCUGAGAGGGAAAAACACAAAUGUCUCAACAAACCAGUCCUUCCGGCUGUGCUGCCAUGCUUGUCUCCGUCUGACAGGCAGAAGAAGCGGGAGGCAGCCGUGCUUUCCUCACUUCCUCUCCUUCUCUGCAGAGACCCGACUACAGCUGCUGACUCCUCUCCUCACAGUGACAACAAGAAAAUACUCGAUGUUGGGUGCAAGAGUCUGAUAUCUACCAUUGGAGGAAAAUAAAGGACCACAUGCAGACUCAGCAGCAGAGUGCAGAAGUGUUCGGCCAUACAAAUGGCUCCCAGGCUGCUUCAUCCGGGGACCCGGAAGCUCCUUCAACCCCAUACAUCCUGAAUUCUCCAGAUCUGACUCAUGAAGUAGUCAUCUCUCCCGGACUCCCAACUCCUCCUCUGAGUCCGUUUCGCUCGGCGAGGCUGCCAUCUGGAGCUGUCAGGGGCUCGGAUCUGAACGGCGGAGGACCAUCUACUCUUAGCUUUGGGUCAUACUACGGACCUUCACAGUCACAAGUUGGGCUGUCUAAUGGAGGCCAGAGCUCUUCCACGUUACCACGCAGCUGGACGCCCAGCGGGGAGGAGAGGCUCAUUAAGUUCUCGGGUAUCGGACCAGUGGAUGAGAGCGGGAUGCCCAUCGCCUCCAGAUCUAGUGUGAACAAGCCCAGAGACUGGUACAGGAGCAUGUUCAGACAGAUUCACAAGAAGCCACAAGAGCUGGAAGAUUCAGACUGGUGUUCAGGAGAACCAGGGCUCCCGUCAUCUGCUGACAAAGUAGAAAGUAACGAAGCCGACAAGAACCUCUUCAGACUGACACCUUAUGGGUCUCUGCCAGAUUGGAGCGAGGAUGUAGAUAAGCUGUCAGACCCCGGAAAGCAACAACCUCAGCCGAGGAGCAUUUUCGACUUUGAGCCCGGAAAGAGCCCCACCUCAGAAACUCACAGCCAGACUUUUUUAUCCCCAAAGACACAACCCGAAAAACCCAAGUCCCCUUCCAUUGAGGCCAGUCUGGCGUCUGAGCUGAGUCGAUUCGAGGCUGAACUGGACUCGGAGAUUCAGGGCCUGGAGAGGACUCUUUCCCAGAAGAAGCAGCGUCAAGGCCGGGGUGAGGAGGCCAGAAACAGGGAUCCAGAUCCCACUCCAAAGACUCCCAACCACAGAAUACAAACAAACAUGCAUGAAGCAAGGCUGCAACUGAAACUGCAAUCAACUAUAGAGAAGAAUUCGCCAGCAUCAAAGCAGCCUGACCUGCAUUCUGGUGGCCCAUUAAUAACAUCUGCUCCUGCACAUGUAGAACGUCUUCCAUCUGCAAAUGAAAACAUGGAGUUCCCAUCAAAGAAAGAAGAGAAAAAGAUGAAAGCUGCAAGAGCCAAGUUUAAUUUCCAGGCUCAGUCUCCCAAGGAGCUCACACUGCAGAAAGGCGACAUUGUUUACAUCCACAGGCAGGUCGAUGCCAAUUGGUUUGAAGGGGAGCACCAUGGUAGAGCUGGGAUCUUCCCCACUUCUUAUGUAGAGGUUCUGCCUCCGACAGAGAAGCCAACACCCUUAAGGUCUCCCACUCUUCAGGUGCUGGAGUACGGCGAAGCUGUAGCUCUGUACAACUUCAACGCUGACCUACCUGUUGAACUUUCUUUCCGUAAAGGUGAGGUGAUCGACAUAACAAGAUGCGUCGACGAUAAGUGGUUGGAAGGCAGGAUCUCGGGAACAAGCCGGAGCGGCAUCUUCCCAGCCAAUUACGUCCAGGUCAACAAGAUGCCCCGCACCAAAUACUCCACAGAUGACUGCCCAUCAAGCCCCAUGUCUCCCACGUCCCCUGGACCGCAGAGUCCAGGGCGUCCUCUCCACUCACCAUUCACCCCCACUUCCCUGAGCCCCAAACCUGAGCACUCCCCCAUCAAACUGUCCUCACCUGUUUCAUGUGGCAGCCCAGCCUCACAAUCACGCUCCCCCACCCAGACACCCUACCGUUUUCCCCACAGCACCAACCAGAACAGCCACAUGGCUCCACCUCACUGCCCCAGCCAGAUCUCCACAGUUAGAACGGCUUCUCUUUCCUCUCAGUCGUCGGCGCUCAGAUCUGGAGCUCCCACGGCGAACAGAUACACAGAUCCCUCACAGGGUGCCGUCCCAAACCAGAGCGCUCUUUCUAGUCUUCAUGUGAACUCACUCAUCAGUAACACUGGUUCAGCGGUGACGCAGCAUCAGCCGUAUAAAGCUAUUUACAACUACAAGCCACAGAAUUUAGACGAGUUGGAGCUCAGAGAAGGAGACAUCGUUCAAGUACUGGAAAAAUGUGAUGAUGGCUGGUUUGUAGGUACGUCACAACGGACUCGUGCAUUUGGGACUUUUCCUGGGAAUUACGUGGCACCGGUUUGACUUCCUCACUUGCUUUUGCCAUCUUCCAUCAAGACCCUCACAAAUUAUCAGAUGAAAAUCUCCUGGACCUGUUUUGGCUUACUUUUACUGAACCCUGCAUGUUCACCCCGUUCCCAAAAGAAAAGGGAAGGACAACCAUGUGGUUUCACUCCUUAACUUCCUGCAUGCGUGUGCACUUACAGAGCGUAUGUGCGUGCCUGCAUGUGUGUGUGUGUGUGUGUGUAUGUGUGUGUGUGUGUGUGUGUGUGUGUGUGUGUGUGUGUGUGUGUGUGUGUGUGUGUGUGUGUGUGUAAGGAGACUUGAAGAGAGUUUUCAUACACAUCAGAUGAGAGGAACAAGCGAAUGCUGAUGUGACUGUCUCAGAUGCACUUUUUUUGGUACCACAACUAUUUGCAGCUGCAGGAAAUUUUGCAUUCCUUUCCACUGAACAACAGUCACUCGUGAGGUCCCGACACAGAACACUGCUGCACUCAGGUUUAUGGUCUCCACAGAGCAAUCACAAGCCACUGCUGAACAAUCAAGCCAAAACAUGCAUUUCUUCCUUUUGCAUUUACCCGAUUUAAUAAUAAUUCUUUCAAAUAUUGUCCCCAGAUUUCCUUUCAGAUCUUUGAAAAUACCUGCAGCUGUUGUUGAGGAAACAACACAGACAUCUGGGCAUAGUACAGUAAGAGCUCUGACGUAUCAAGAGGAUGCGCUUGCACUGGUUCCCGGUUUAAAUAGUCAUUAUUGAGGGCUGCCAAUAGUAAAAGUAGAGGCACAUCAUGGUCUGUGCUAUAAUAGACAUUUCUGAGCUUUAGUUAAAUGAAAAAUAUCUGGUAAAAAAUGUUUAAAGCGACUGAAUUAAUUCAGUUUGUGCCAAAACUAACUAUCCCGAAGCUCACUUUAUUUUUACUGUUGCUGCUUUUACAACAUUUUCUCCGUUUAUGACAAUGACAGUAUUGAGACAAAAUAAUCAUGUUUGUGCCAGAGGACUUUGACGAGGUUUUAACUAGAAAGCCUUGCCUUUAUCUCCUUUUACAUAUUAAUUAAUGUGACAGUUUCCCUGUAAAAUGAACCUAAUUUAGUUGAAGAUUAUUGUACAGAAUAUAACUGUUAAUGAAACCAAAAUGAUAAUAUAUAUUUUUGCUCAAAAACAAUGUAUUACAUAUGUAUGGUACACAAUUUAUAUGAAAAAAUAAUUAAACAUUACAGAGUGAUGCUUCA